AUGGUCUCCUGGGAGGACAGCGCGGCGCAGCAGAAGCGCGUGUCGCAGGUUGGCGGCGAGCGCUUCGUCGACUUCUUCCGGACCGCCGCGCCGUACAUCGUCAACCACUCCGGCGGGACGUUCGUCAUCGUCAUCCCGGGCGGCGUCAUGCGCCAGCGCGACGUCCUCGAGGGGAUCGUCACCGACGUCGCGCUGCUGCAGUCGUUGGGCGUCCGCCUCGUCCUCGUCCUCGGAAGCAACGAGCAGGUGGAUGCCAUCUCGAAGGCGCGAGGCGUCAGCAGCGCCGUCGUGAACGGGUACCGGGUCACGGACCCGGAAACCCUGGAGAUCGCGAUGGAGGCGGCGGGAAGGAACUGCGUGCUCGUGCAGGCGCUGUUAUCGCGCGGCGUGAACGUCGCGCCCGGGGGCAUGUUCGCGCGCGCGAUGCCGACCGCGGUGUCCGGGAACUUCAUCCAGGCGAAGCGACGCGGCGUCGUCGACGGCGUCGACUUUUUGUACACCGGCGACGUCGUCUCAGUGGACGUGGACGCCGUGCGCGUGCGUCUCGACCAAGGCGACGUCGUCCUCCUCUCCUCGCUCGGGUUCAACGCCGCGGGUGAGGUUCUGAACUGUCAGUGCUACGACGUCGCGGUGUCGUGCGCGAUCGACCUGGGCGCGGAUAAGCUCCCCGCGAGAUCGCUCGCGGCGCCGGACGCGUCGUCGUCCUCCUCCUCCUCCUCCUCCUCCUCCUCUUCCUUCUCCUCCUCGUCCGCUCGCCCGUGGACGCGGCUCACCGAACGCGGGCUCCAAUGGCGCGUCGAAGGGUGCCCGCAGGAAGUCUGCGCCGCCGUGUUUUCGUGCAAAGCCGGCGUCCGCCGCGCGCACCUCCUCGACGGCGCGCUCCUGCUCGAGCUGUACACCUUCGACGGCGUCGGCGCGAUGAUCAGCCGCGACCGGUACGAGGAAACGCGCGUCGCGAAGCCCGGGGACUGGAUCGAGAUCAAGAGCAUACUGGAGCCGCUCGCGAAGGACGGCACGACGGUGGCGAUGAGCGACGACGCGCUCGUCGACGAGGUGAGCGCGGGCGCGUUUCACGUGAUGGAGCGGGACGGGAAAAUCAUCGGCUGCGCGGCGCUGCGUCGGUACGUCGUCAUCGCGGAGGUGGCAUCGUUCGCGGUUCGGCCCGGGUAUCGAAACGAAGGCCGCGGCGACAAGCUAUUGGAGUACCUCGAGAGGGUAGCUCGCGACGCGGGGGUGGAGAAGAUGUUCUUGCUCACUACGCGUACCGCGGACUGGUUCACGCAGCGCGGGUUCUUGCACGCGGGAGUGGCGAAGGACUCGCCGCUGCUGCCGCCGGGGAAGGUGACGCAGGAGGGGAGGAACUCGCAGCUGUACAUCCGAACGCUCGUGCGAUGAUGUAGUCGGAUCGAUAAUUUUAUAAUGUACGAAGGUAAUCUCGUCGUU